AUGCAUUUGGAAUCUCCUGAAUUCAAUAGAGAAUUGGAUCAAGAGCUAUAAGCAGAAUAGCACGAAGACUUUGAGUAAUAAUAUUUAGGUUUUUGUUUACGUACAUCUAAGAGAGAAACAUCUAUUAACUGCCCACAUUUAUAUAGCUAAACAUAAAGUAUAAAGAGUAUAGAAGGGUAUAAUGAUUUAAAUGGUUAGAAGAUGGAGAAUAUUACAUUGAAAAGCAUUCAGCAAAAUACUCCUGAGACAAAUAGAACUCUUAUAAAUACACCUACAAAUAAUAAACAACAUUAAACUGGUUCAAGUAUGAUGGCAUUCUUUUUGAUAAAAAGAUUUUUGGAGAAACUUUAGAUAAAGAGAAAAAUAAUAGAGACAUUAAAUUAAACUCAUUUGAAUUUGAUUGGUGAUAAAGCAGCAGAUAGUAAUGUAGUUUUGCAAUACACUAAGUCUAUAUAAAGAGCAGGAUUUACAUUAAAAGCAAUGAAAAAGUUAUUGAAGAUGUAAUCAUCUUUAGAGGAGAGCAGAAUGGAAACAGUAAAGCAAUACUACUAAAAUAUAAAAAAACAGGCAAUAAAAUUCUUAUAAAACUUAAUUGAUAAAAUUCCAUUAAUAUAAUCAGAAUCAUUAUUUAAGAUGUAGUGGGAUUUAUUUGCUGUAGUUUUUAGAAUAAUAUUAGUAUUUUUAAUACCAUUAGAAGUAGCAUUUUAAACAUAAAUAAUGUUUGAUAAGAAUAUUAUAUUAAGUAUAAUAAUAAUAGUUAUUCUAAUAAUGGAUUUUUUAAUAAGAAUAAAUACAUAAUAAUAUUUAAAUGGAUAAGCUAUAAAAGAUAGAUGGAGAUUGAUUGUUUAUUAGGCUAAGAAAUCUAUGUUUAUAGAUUUUUUAUCAAUAAUAAUAUUAAUAAUAUUUAUAUCAAUAGAACCAUAAGAUUAAUAUUAUAAGUUAUUCACAUUAUUUACUCUAACAUAAUAUUCAUAUGUUUAUGAAAUAUUAUCAAAAAGUGAAUAAUUAUCAUAUUUUACAAGACCUUAAAGAGGAAUAUUGGGAUUAUUAAAGUUUGCAGCCACUUUAUUUUAUAUUUUACAUUUAUUUAGUUGUGUAUGGUUUUGGAUAUCAAGUUUAGAAAUAGAGGAUUCUUGGAUAUAAUUUAAAGAGUUAGGUGAUAAAUCUUGGCAAUUAUAAUAUUUAGAGGCUUUAUACUUUGCAAUAGUAACAAUGUUGACCAUAGGUUAUGGUGAUAAUGUACCAAAAAAUCCAAGUGAAAAAAUAGUAACUAUAAUAUUUAUUCUUGGUGCUUGUUUAUGGUUUUCAUAUAGUGUUAAUUUUAUUGGAGGUAUUAUGAAUGACAUUACUUAAAAUUAAGUAGAAAGAAAUUAAAAAAUGAGAGUAAUCAAUAAAUACAUGAGUAAACGAAACAUUCCGUUUGCUUUAUAACACUAGUAAGAAUAUAAUGUUUAUUCUCAGAAUUAAAGAGUAUUUAACUUAUAGAUGGAAAGAAGAUGAUGAAGUAGACCUAGAUAUAGAAUAAGCCUUGUUGAGUUAAUUAUCUGAUGAAUUAAAAGAAGAAUUAGAUAAAUAGGCUCAUAAAGUAUUUAUUGAAAAAUCUAUACUUCUUCAAUAAUUCUUUAGUUAAGAAUUUAGAAAUGCUCUAUUUAAAAGUAUUAAAAGAAAAAGUAAUAUAAAUUUAAUAUUUUUAAGUUAUUCCACCUGAGAAUACAUUUUAAAUCGAUUUUAAUGGUCAACAUCAUUUGUGCUUUAUUGAAUAAGGACACUUAUUAUAUUAACAUAAAGAUUCAAAAUAAAGAUCUAAAAUGAAUACUAUAAUUAAUUUAGGAGAAUUCCUUUGUGUUAAAGAAUUCAUUAAUGAAGAUCCAGAAAUGGAAUUAUUUAAAGCUGUUGGAUAUGUCAGUCUUUUGGUUUUAUCAAAAUAAGAUUUCCUUUAAACUAUCAAGGAUUUUCCAGAAGAUUUUUAAAAAUAUUGUUAAUUAAAAGAUUCCAUUAUUCUAAAUAUUGAUUCAACUGUUUUAAAUAAGAGUGUUUAUUGUCCUGCUUGUUAACAUUUUGAACAUUCUUUAGCAUAAUGUCCUUAUAUUCAACUUAAAUCAAAUAGAGAAGUUGUCAUUAAAAAACAUUAAAGUUCUAAAAAUUAAUAAAGAGCUCCAUUUUCAAGAAGAACAAAUAAAAAUUUAUUUUUAGCUUUAUCAGAGAAAGAAUUAGUGACUGAGUUCGCUAAAGUUUUUGUUAGUGCUAAUCAACCAAAAAUAAAUUAAUAAUUAAAAAUAUACCUUUAUUAAGAAUCUGAUAUUCUAGAAUCUAAUUCUGUUGAACCUACUAAUUCUUUUGACUUUAUAAAAGCUACUCCUAAUAUUUAAUAAGUACAUCCUCCUCCAUAAUCUGUUUAAUGUGCUGAUUUACUAAGUAGUAUUAGAAUUUAAAAGAAUUUAAUAAGGGAAACGGAUAUUGAUCUUAAGGGAGAAUUAAGAUAAUAAUUAAAUUAAGGUAGAAUUAUUAGAAAAAUGACUAUCCAUCCAUAAAAUAAAUAAAUUAAAAAGAGUACUACUACUACAUUUACUGUUAGACAUAUUUAAGAUGAAGAUAUGGAAGAAUAACAUAUGGCCUUAGAAUUCUAAAAUUUAUAAAAUGAAAAUAUUAUACUUCUUUAUAAUAAAUUGAUAAAACAAGAUUAAGAGGAAUCUAUUGUUAAAAAUGCAUUAAGUUAAAUUGAACCUCUAUUUUGGAGAUUAAAUGAAAAUAGUAUAGAGAACUUUGAAGUUUUAAAAAAUUAUGAUUAUUAUUAUAGUCAUCAUAAUGUUCAAUAAAUAAUUGAUAUAGCCAAUAAGAAUAUUCACACUUGGCAAAAAGAUAUAAUAGAUAGAUUAUCUAAAUUCAUGUUUUUCCCCUUUAAUUAUAUACUGAAAUAUCUAAAAUUAAGACGUAAUAGAAUGAAUGAAGCAAUAAUAGAAAAAAACAAGUUUAAAAAAAUAAAAAAUAAAAUGAGAAUGAUAUAAUUAAGAAACAAUUUAUAAUUAAAGAAAAUGUCAACAUCUUCAAAUAAGAAUAUAAGAUUUAGCUAAAUAUUACCCUCAUAGUUUCCUUCAUAAGAUUCAAUAAUUGCUUGA